GGAGAGCGGGUGGCGGGAGUGAGGAUUCGCGCGUGAGUCAGUGAGUGAGCAGUCGCGGUGGAUGGAGUGUGCAGUGGGUGCACAGCCUUGUCAGUGAGCCGCCAUGGACUCGCCUCAGAUGUACGACACCGCGCCCUCGGCUCUGGAUAGUCAGAAGAAACAACAACUCCAACACCACAUCAAGCGGUACACGGAUCUCGCCGACCUCAACACGCCAGAAAUCAGCCUGGAUCUCCAGAACCUCAUAGACGAUAGCCAAUUCAACGAGGGCCUCUUCACGGAGAUCCUCAACGGCCCUAAGCCGGCGGCGGUCACCGUGAGGCCGCCCUUCCAACACAGGACGACGUUGGCCUAUAUGCCCCAGCCGGUACACUUCGAGAGCAGUAAUUCCAAUUCGACAGGGGGCCCCAGCAUCAAGGAGGAGCCCAUAGAGGCCAACGACUACAGGACUCAGGUCCCCUCGUACUCCGUCAUCAGCAACAACGGCGGGGGUACGUCUUUUUCGACACCGUCGCCCCUGCUGAAGAACCAGCUGAACCACCACCACCAUCAUCACCAGCACAGGAAGAGCUCCAAAAGUGUGGAUAAAAACACGGACGAGUACAAGAGGCGGAGAGAGCGCAACAACAUCGCCGUCCGCAAGUCCAGGGAGAAGGCCAAGAUCAGGUCGAGAGAGACGGAGGAGAAAGUGAAGUUGUUGGUGAAGGAGAACGAACGGUUACAGAAGAGGAUCGAGUUGUUGAGUGAAGAGUUGAACGUUCUGAGAUCGCUGUUCACGAACGUGGGAGUGCUGCCCGAACACCUACACCGUGAACUGAACAAACACCUGGAUUCGUAUCAGCACGGAAUACAGUGAUUGUGACAGUGUGUAUGUGUGAGUGUUAGGAGUGAUCGCUCGGACCUGUGAAAGCGAAAGAGAAAGUAAACGGUAUGUUAUUAAUAUACGUCCUUGUCAAUAAUACCCACUUAGCUUAACUGAUAUUUCUAUGGAUAGUACAAUUUUCAGACCAUAUUAUUUAUUAUCACCGAUAACAUUUUCGUAUGACCCGUACUUUAUUCUUACUCCUCGGCUUUGCGCCGGGAGUACAGUAGUUUACCAUUGACUCAGUCAUUCAGAUAUCCAUCGAGAGCACCACUCCCAUUAAAGCACAUAAGUCUGGCCCAAGUACGCUUAUCGCUGUCUGCCUUUGCCAAAGUUCAUGUUAAUGUUAGAGAUAACCGACUAACCUGACCUAACCUUACAAACUAUUGACAGGAUCAUCUAAAGACAGGUUUUAUGACACGAUCCUUUUUGACAUUAGAUCUAUUUUAGGUUAGAGGACCGUUCUGAGAUGACUCAUAGUUCUUAUCAGUUGGCAGUGUGAAUGCGUAGUUUUUGAUAAGAAGACGCUACGAAAUUUUUAAGGCCAAGCCUCUUGUUGACUUUUUAACAUGUUUAUACGCCCUUGUUACUUAGUUCUCGGGUGAUCUAUUUGUAAACUAAAGUUUAUUUUUAUAUUCCAGAUGUUGUUGAAAACAACUUUGAGAGAGAAUUUAUUUUUUAAUGUUUUAUAUGUAAAAGUGCCUUGAACGGUAGGUAAUGUCUUUUGGGCUGCUAAUGUUAGGCCUAGCUGGUGCCGACUGCUUCGAAAUUGGUGCUAAUUUUGGAAAAGCUUGUUUUGAAAGACGAUCCAUACGAAGUCGGUCAAUAAAAGACACUUUAUAUGAAUAGGUUUCAUAAUUUUAGGCCUACUUAUGAUUACCUACGUGCAUGUUACCUAAAGUUACCUUUUGCCUAUGUCGAUGCAGCUUUCAUUUUCAUGUAAUGAAGUUAUAUACCAUUUCGACGACUGAUAACUUAGGUUAAUAUCUUUUUUAUUUUUACAAUUCCUUUUCUCUAUACAUACACUCAUUUUUGUUCGCACUUGUUUUCUGAAACCUCAGCCCAAAGUUCUUUCAAGGCCUAAUCAUUAAUUCCGUUGUAGGAUCUCUCAAUAGACAGCUAUUAGGAAUUUAGUCCUUCCCUCUUUUAAAUCUUUGGUUGUGCCUUGUUGAAUGAUUUAUUUAUUACAUUUUGUAUAUGUAUAAAAAUACAUUAACUUGUAAAAUCACUAUUUUGUUAUUAGAUAUCUUCUAUCGAUAUAUGUACAUUGUAGAUGAAUAGAUUUAUGUAUUAUUAUUAUUUAUAACUUAUCGUACCUUAAUGUAAAAACUUGUUCUUCUUAUUUUGUCUGUCUUUUGUUCGUUAGUUUGAAUGUUACCAUUUGAUUCUCGAGAGUGUUAGAUUUUGUUAGAUUUGAUAAAACAGACAAAUUAAUAGUGAAUUUUAGAAUAUUUCGCUUAAAAAGUCGAAAAUAUGUUUUUUAUACUAGACUAAUGAACAAAGUGAAGACGAAAUUCAAUUUAAAAAUAUUUAAAGUUAACAACUAACAAUCUGGCACAAGUUGUUGUACUUAAACUUAUGUAGUUACUCUUUUAAUCGUUUCUUUAUUUGGAUGACCAGCGUUUGUUAGUUUGGUUUAGAUAACUGAUUGGUUUGUUUAUUUUGCGAAUAAAGUAGUAUUAGGUUCUGCAGUUUUAGCUUUCAAUUACUAAAACUCGUCUAUACAAAAACUUAUUUACGAGUUUAACUUUAAUUCAACUCUACAAAAUUCCACAGAUAACUGGAUUUAUAAUAACACCUUCAUAUUAAUUAAAGCCGAAGAAUAAAUGAAUAAUUUUGUUGCCGUAAAUAUUUCCUUAGACUUUUUAAUUAUAAAACUGUUAUUUAUUUGCUUUGUAAAAAUAUGAAAAUAUGCCAUCAAAUUUACUCCGUUGAUGGGAUUUUUAAAUCGAAGUCGAUAUCAAGUCACUUUUACUUUAUAAUCCCCAAAUUAGUUUAUAUUUGUGCACUUUAAUUUAGCAGACUGUUUGUUAAACAUUUACGUACUACUGUAAAAAACAAUUAAAAAAAUAAUAUUAUGAGAUGAAAGUGCAAUUAUUGUCAUGGAUUUCAACUAAUUAAUUCCAGUAUGACGAGUAAAAUAAUUAUGAAAAUGAUCUGUCACGUACACGCUUCGUGCUAAAACGAAAUUCUGUAAGUUGGUGCAAUCUGCAACAGACAUCAGGAGUUAAAAAUUGACAACACAAUUCUUUGUUGUGGUCACUGAUGUCAACAAAAUAAACUUUCAGUUAAAAUAUGUGUUUUUGAUUAGGUUAAAAAAACUGUACGAGGUUUAUUCUUUAUGCCAAUGUUAUUGUUGUCGAAACUAAAACGUAGAGCCAUCUACUUGUACUUGCAUUAAUUUGUCUGUUUUACCCAACAACUGUUGUUCGUUAGGAGCGUAUUAUAGGUUAAGUCCAACUGCCUAUCAUAAUAUUUCAAAACUAUUAUGUGUUGUUUCCUAAAAGUUUUUUAAAGAGAAAAUUAAAUUAAGUCUCAAUGAUGUAAAAAUAUUUGUAUGUGUACAAAGAGUAAUUUUUGUAAAAUAUAGAUGAAUUAUUUCUUUACGGAGUGUUUC